UCCACGCUAGCGCCGCCCGGGCUGUCACAAAGGAGGAGGCCUAGUCCCGCCCCUGCAUGCGGCGCUUCUCCCAGGCCCCGCCUCCCACCCAGUGCCCUGGACCCUCGGCUGGGCAGCGCCACCAGAGCGACCAAACGUCCCACGCCUUGCAGGCCGCACUCGAGAGCCAAAAGAGCUCCAUGGCGGCGGCGGCCAAGCCCAAGAACCUUUCCCUGGUGGUGCACGGACCGGGGGACUUGCGCCUGGAGAACUAUCCUAUCCCUGAACCAGGCCCAAAUGAGGUGUUGCUGAGGAUGCAUUCUGUUGGAAUCUGUGGCUCAGAUGUCCACUACUGGGAGGAUGGUCGAAUUGGGAAUUUUAUUGUGAAAAAGCCCAUGGUGCUGGGACAUGAAGCUUCGGGAACAGUCGAAAAAGUGGGAUCGUUGGUAAAGCACCUAAAACCAGGUGAUCGUGUUGCCAUCGAGCCUGGUGUUCCCCGAGAAAAUGAUGAAUUCUGCAAGACUGGCCGAUACAAUCUGUCGCCUUCCAUCUUCUUCUGUGCCACACCCCCUGAUGACGGGAACCUCUGCCGGUUCUACAAGCACAAUGCAGCCUUUUGUUACAAGCUUCCUGACAAUGUCACCUUUGAGGAAGGCGCCCUGAUUGAGCCACUUUCUGUGGGGAUACAUGCCUGCAAGAGAGGCGGAGUUACCCUGGGACACAAGGUCCUUGUGUGUGGAGCUGGGCCAAUCGGGAUGGUCACUUUGCUCGUGGCCAAGGCAAUGGGAGCAGCUCAAGUAGUGGUGACUGAUCUGUCUGCUACCCGACUGUCCAAAGCCAAGGAGAUUGGGGCUGAUUUAGUCCUCCAGAUCUCCAAGGAGAGCCCUCAGGAAAUCGCCAGGAAAGUAGAAGAUCUGCUGGGGUGCAAGCCGGAAGUCACCAUCGAGUGCACGGGGACAGAGGCCUCCAUCCAGGCGGGCAUCUACGCCACUCGCUCUGGUGGGACCCUCGUGCUUGUGGGGAUGGGCUCUGAGAUGACCACCGUACCCCUACUGCAUGCAGCCAUCCGGGAGGUGGAUAUCAAGGGCGUGUUUCGAUACUGCAACACGUGGCCAGUGGCGAUUUCGAUGCUUGCGUCCAAGUCUGUGAACGUAAAACCCCUCGUCACCCAUAGGUUUCCUCUGGAGAAAGCUCUGGAGGCCUUUGAAACAUUUAAAAAGGGAUUGGGGUUGAAAAUAAUGCUCAAGUGUGACCCCAAUGACCAGAAUCCCUGAUGGUAAUUGGCUCUGCCCUCAUCCCCACAGUCUCGGGAUCUCAGGGCACAAUGGCUGGACACGGGUGGGCUUUGAUGCAGAACUUUCUCUUUUGAAUGUUAAGAAUAAUUAAUACAAUUCAUUGUGAACAGAAGUCCUUACGCAGAGGAAUUGGUGUGCCUUAAAGAUACAAUCUGGGAUAGUUUGGGGGAACUUGUAGCCAGUAUGGCCUGUUCAUGCUGAGCAAAGUUCAGCAAGUAGAGCAGAGUUUGGCAGGCAGGUGCCAGGAACUCCCCUUCUUCCUGGAGUGCCUUCACUGAGGAAGGAAAUCUGGCCCUUGGGUUUCCUGGUUCCACUGCUACUGACCCGGAGGGGAAUGAGGGCUGAGUUAGGAAAAGAUAACUUCAUGAAGACUUAACUGGCCCAGAAGCUGAUUUUCAUGAAAAUCUGCCACUGAGGGUCUGGGAUGAAGGUUUGUCAGCACUUUCAGUUUAGAAUGCAAUGUUUCUAGAGACAUAUUGGCUGUUUGGUUUGAUGAUAAAAGGAGAAUAAGAAAAGGCAUCACUUUUCUGGAUCCAGGAUAAUUUUAAAACCAAUCAAAUGAAAAAACAAACAAAUGAAAAAGGAAAUGUCGUGUGAGGUUAAACCAGCUUGCAUUCCCCUCAUGUGGAAAAAGUAAGAGGACUUCUCAGCACUGUUUGAAGACUGCCUCUUCUUCAGCUCCUGAGAAUUGUGUUAUUUCACUUGCCAAGUGAAGGACCCCCUCCCCAACAUGCCCCACCCCACCCCUAAGCACGGUCCCUUGUCACUAGGCAACCAGGAAACUGCUACCUGUGGACCUCACCAGAGACCAGGAGGGUUUGGUUAGCUCACAAGACUUCCCCACCCCAGAAGAUUAGCAUCCCGUACUAGGCUCAUACUCAACUCAACGAGGCUCAUACUCAAUUGAUGGUUAUUAGACAAUUCACUUUCUUUCUGGUUAUUAUAAACAGAAAAUCUUUCCUCUUCUCAUUGCCAGUAAAGGCUCUUGGUAUCUUUCUGUUGGAAUGAUUUCUAUGAACUUGUCUUAUAUUAAUGGUGGGUUUUUUUCUGGUAAGAUUGGAUCCAAAUCGCAUCGUGCCCACUUGUGACUUUGAGAUUAUUCAUCAAGAGUGAGGAUAUAGUAGCCAUGACAUAGCUUGAGCUAUAGCCUUUAAUCCCUUACUUUGGCUGUGGGUGGAGGGUGAGUUUGAAGAGGUUCUGAUUUUCUUGUAACCUGGGAAAGCCAUGACCUUGUGCCCGAAUCUUUCAGAUUGCUUUGGGUAAUAAAUAUUGUUGGUGGUAUCUGACUCA